CCGUAGCAGCCAAUCAGAGAACUCAAGAUGGGUAUGGGACCCUCCAAGUUGCGCCCUAGACCUCAAUAUAUAUCAUUACAACCUCUUACUAUUGUCGUCAGCACAGAUUCCUUUUACGACAAUGGACUCUCCCCCCGAAGACCAUAGAACAAUAGCCUAGCAAACCCUUCAGCACAAAGAAUUUAUACGAGCUACCCACCCCCGAUCUCAUCCUCUCACAAGGCCUCACCAGAUCUUUGUAUCACCACUUGAUCCACCACGAGCGCCUGCAAAAACGAAAAAGAAAAGGCCCGGAGGUGUACGACCAGGAAACAAAGGGAAGAAAAAUGGAAACCGCCACCUUAUCUGGCACCUGCGCCUGCGAGCACAUAACCUACACGACGAACGUCUUGCCCACGAAGCUCACAAACUGCCACUGCACAACCUGCCGCAAACAAUCUGGCGGACCCUACCAGACCUGGGCACUCUUUUCUGCGACGAGCAUCACCUGGACCCACGAGGAGCCGACACUACGGCGGUCUAGCGAUUUCGCUACGCGCGGGUUCUGUCCCCAGUGUGGAUCGAGUAUCAGUAUGUUGUAUGACUCGGAGCCCGGGGGAUUGUACAUUGCCGCGGGUACAAUCGAUGGUUUCGACAGGGUAGUUCCGAAGCCCUGUGCGCAUUUCUUUGUGAAGGAGAAGGCGGCGUGGUUCCAGCUACCGAAUGAUGGGUUUGUGAGGUUUAGUGAUGGAGUUACUCGGGGAAGGCGUUAUUGACAUGGAUUGCUGGACGUGGAGUUGCUGGAUAGUGUACAUGGACUUCCGGUUGAUUAGGGCAUGUUUUGAAUGUAUAUACCUAUUUGUUUAUCACAUGGAGACGCGGGUUCAUCCACUACGCAGGUCACAGAGAUGGUAGAACAUCAUAAGCAGAUCCGAGAGAAAUCUCG